UGCAGCAGCCCCGCUCUGCGCACACGCUGCCCGCUCCGCUCCGUUCCCACCGGGGCGUGAGAGCCCAGCCCGGUCCUGCCCGGCCCGAAGCUGCCGCCUGGUCCAGCCCGGAGAGCUCAGCAGCCAUGGAGGCAGUGCUCAUCUUCCUGUGCUCCCUGCUGGUGCCGGCGGCCGUGGCAGAUGUGGCCACUCAAGAGAAGGAGGAGGACCCCUUUAACUAUGAUUACCAGAGCCUGAGGAUCGGGGGGCUGGUGUUUGCCGUGGUCCUGUUCACUGUGGGCAUUCUCCUUAUACUCAGCAGGAGAUGCAGGUGCAGUUUCAACCAGAAGCCCAGAGCUCCAGGGGAUGAAGAGGCUCAGGCUGAGAACCUGAUCACCUCAAACGCAACGGGAGCACCAAAGGCGGAGAACUGAGCAGAGCCAUGCGACCCAGAGACCCGAGGACAGAUGCUUGGACUGCAGAUGCCAGUGGCCUGCCAGGAAACUGAAACUGCAGCAGCGGGUCCCUCUGAGGGGAUGUGAACCUGCUGUGUCUGUGUUACCCUCUGUACUUCAGCACCGGUUCUCUGUUUACUAACCCGACUAAACUCACCGUCCUCUCUGCCUCCAGUGGUGUGUAAUGUUGAUGUGAGAUGAUCAUGACCUCUAGGGCUAGUCGUUGCUGAUGUUGUAAUAGUGACUUUCUCUUCACCUUUCUCGUGCUGUGCGUGUGGCUCGGGCCGUGUAGGACUGGCAGGCGCUGCCCAAGGGGAGCCCAUGUCCCCCUGCCCAUAGCUGGGGGUGCUCGGUGCAGCCCGCACGGUGCUGUCUGUGCCAGGCAGCACUCGGGGUUCACCCCACUGGCUUUGGGCAGGGCUUGGGGACCAGUCCCACAGUGGGUCAGGGUCCUGCCCAGAGAGGCUCUGGACCACACGCUGCUGUUUCAGCAAUAACCCUCCUGCCCCAAGGCAGCCGCAGUGGAGUCAGGCAGGGACAUCGCACAGCUCCCCUGAGCUCUCUGAAGGGAGCUUCCCUGUCUCUGUUUGGCACUCCCUGUUUCUGUCCCUGGCUGAAGCCAAGCCGUUGGUGUGGGGCACUGCUUUAAGUGUGAGGAAGUGCUGUGGUGGCAGAGAAGCCUGUGACAUCCCCCAUCAGCAUGGUGACACUGUGAAAGAGGGCAGCUGUGCAGCGGUGACCCUGCUACCAGCACAAACCAGCUCCUUGCCAGUGCUCUGCCUGCCCACCAGACAGAGCUGGGCAGGUUAAACAGUCUCUGAGGGCUAAAGAGAAACACGGACUGAAAUCAGGAGCCUUGUCACUUGUCACUCUGUGUGCUGUGGCCCAGGGCAUGGCCACCCGUGUCAGUGCUGCAUGUUGUACUGUGGCAGUUACGUGUUGUCAGCACUCCGAUACCAACUGCCCCUUCUCCCCAUGGAACAAACAUCAGUGAGUGAUGCUCAGGGGCUUUGCAUGCCUGAGCUUGCACAGUGGUGAUGGAGGGGCUGAGUCAUUGUCACCUUGUGUCUGCUUGAGGGUCCCAGCAGGUAAAUCUGUGUCAUGCCCCUUCCCCAAGCCCACGGGCAUGGAAACCACAGCCUCAGCUAUGGCUGGGCACUGCUGGCUUGGCUGUGGGUGCUUGCCAAGCAGGGGCAACCUGGAUAUCAGUGCUCUCCAUGCACCUGGAAAGGGUUCUUGGCCUCCAGGAUGGUUUUGAGGGGUUUCUGCUGUGCCCACCCCACUGUGUUGGUCCUGCCUGCAGGGUGGGCCAUCCCUUCCCUUGCUCCUGGCCACUGCAUAGAGUCCUGCCUGUGUGUGCAGCCUGGGGCAGAGCAGAGCCCGCGCAGCCCAGCCCUGUCAGCAGUGCCCGUGCUGUCUGUGGUGUGCCAUCGGUGUUAACACGGAACAAAGCAAUCCCUGUGGUGUGUAGAAAUGGCAAAAUCCUGACUGUGUACAAUAAAUCAAGCUAUUGUGUUUCCUUUUAAA